ACACCAUCCAGCUUCAAGAGGCUGAAGAACUAGGCUAUGGUCUUAUAGGGAGGUCUCAUCUGCGGGCUCAUCCUGAGAGAAACCAGGAGCAGGAGAGUAGAGAGGAAUUAUACACGCUGGACAAGUAAUUGUAAAAAAAGACAACUUGGAUUAAUUAGAAAAAGUUCCAUAACUUCCUCAAAUGGCAAGAAUCAGACUAGAACCAAGUCAAGUAAGUGGGCAGUUGUUUGACUAUUUAAUUGUUAUUGACUUUGAGUCUACAUGUUGGAAAGAUGGUAAACGUCAUUACAGCCAGGAAAUAAUUGAAUUUCCAGCAGUUUUGUUAAACACUUCAACUGGAGAGAUUGAAUCUGAAUUCCACAUGUACGUCCAGCCUCAGGAACAUCCAAUUCUUUCUGAAUUUUGUACUGAACUAACAGGCAUAAAGCAGAAUCAAGUUGAUGAAGGGGUUCCUCUAAAUAUUUGCUUAUCACAAUUUUCUAAGUGGAUUCAAAAGAUACAAAAGGAGAAGAAAAUUAUUUUCAAUUCAGAUGUUUCAAGCCAUUCUGUUUCUGAAGCAAAAUCAAGUACCUUUGUUACUUGGUCAGACUGGGAUCUGGGGGUUUGUUUGCAGUAUGAGUGCAAAAGGAAGCAGCUGCGAAAACCUGAUAUUUUAAACUCCUGGAUUGAUCUCAGAGCAACAUACAAGCUCUUCUACACUAGACAGCCAAAAGGGCUAAAUGGUGCUUUACAGGAUCUGGGGAUAGAAUUUGCAGGACGGGAACAUUCUGGGUUGGAUGAUUCUCGGAAUACUGCCCGUCUUGCUUGGAGGAUGAUCUGUGAUGGAUGUGUGAUGAAAAUUACUAGAUCUUUGGAUAAGGUACAGCCAAAGAAGAAUUCAGUGUCCAGGUCUUCGAAUGUAAACCCCACUGAAGAGAAUCCACUGGGAAGUGAUGAUGGUGCUGAAACUUCAGAUAAAGAUAGAAUUUGCAACAGCAGCUGUCUAGCUGAGAAUGAGCACAAUAAACUUGAUAAAAUGGUUUUAAACUCCAAUGUAAAGGCAAAAGACCAGCAAGAGUCCAGUUCUACAAGUUCCUCUGCAAAUGUCCGUGUUGGGUCUAGAAUCUGUACAAAGAUUGAUGGAUGUGGUCAAACCGAAAGCUGCUUAUCUCCACAUAUUGGCAGACUUCCUGUUCCCUUUGGACAACUACAGGCUUCUCAUUGUAAUUUAUUGACGGGCAUCCAGAAUGGAUUAAAUAAUGGACAUCUGAUUUCUACUUCCAAGUAUAGCUCUUCAGUACUUGGUUCAGGGCUAGUGCUUGUCUCCACUACUAUUUCCUCUGUUAAUAUCUCUAAUGUAGAUAUAAGUACCAGUUCUGAUUGUUUAUCUAUGUUGACUGAUUGGGAAGAUGUAGCUUUAAUUCCAGAAUCACAGCAUGAAGAAAAUACAGACUCUAUGAAGCUUGAAGAUGACCCAAAUGCAAAGACUUCAUCAGUCUUUGGAGAAGGGAUGGUUUUGAAAGAACUAGCUAUGAAGAAUUCAGACUUUGAAUGUUUGGGGCAACAUAAUGAACAUUUGGAGGCUUCUAAGUCUAUUGUGUACAAAAGUCCUGAUACUACUAUCUAUGAUGUAGGAAUAGCCCAAAGGCAGGCCUUAAAUUGUUCUGCUUUUAAGUUACCAUCUGCGAAGGUAAGUGCUACUUUAUCAAGUACAGUUUCAACUGGAAAUCAUUCCACCCCUUUCUCUCAGACGCCUAAGAGGAAACCAUCUAGUCCAAAAACUUUACCUCCAUCAAAAAAACAGUCAUUCACUGUACAUGAAGAUGAAGCUGCAUCUUCUGAUCAGCUCUUAUCUUUGAGAAAUUCAAGUUUAUGCAAAGUGCCUACUGUUCUUUUAAACUCCACCGUCAGCCUGAACCAAUCGUUAAAAGCUGUGAAAAGUGACAAACUGACUCCACCCGUAUGUAACUGUGGUCGAAGGGCUAAAAGACUAACUGUGUCCAGUGCUGGUCCAAAUCAUGGCAAAGUGUUCUACAGUUGUCCUCUUGGAAAACAUGAAGGGAAGAAGAGAGGCUGUGGAUAUUUCAAGUGGGAGCAUGUACUUCUAAAGGAAAAAUCCACUAAUGCUAUUUCUACUCUUUCCCCCUCUGCAGCUGGUUUAACAUCUCCUGGAAUAAACUCAGAUUCUUCAGGAAAUUCUCACAGGAAAUAUCCGGGUCUCAGACCUUCUAUGAGAACUUGAAUGUUGGUUAAUUUUUGUCCAAAUCUUAACAUAUGCUCAGUGUCCACUGAUACUACAAAGAAAAAUUAAGCAAAUGAUGCCACAGAUUUCAAUUUUAUGAGGAUUGGGCAGAAGUGACAUUGCUGGGCUUACUUCAGAUCAAAAUGAAACUCAUGAAGCAUAAAUGGAGACAGUCAAACAUCAAUAACUUGAGAAAAUUUGAAGAGGUUAGCGUGACUAACAAAAGUAUAAGGAGCUGGUAUCUCAAGUUUUAAUAUUUUUAUUCUCUUAUCAGGUAUUUUAGAUUUUUUUUACCAGCCCAAUCCUUAAAUAUCAGUGUUAGUGAUACAAAUUUUGUUUGCGACUAUGUUUUUCUAAAAAUAUA